GGUGGACAGUUCCGAGGUGCUGAAAUAUCAGACACUUUCUCCUGCGCCGACCCGCCGUCGAUCACGAUGCGUAAGAAGAUGGAGGGACUCUCCUUGAAACUUUUUCUACUCUCCAGCCUAGUGGUGGUGGAGGCUCAUGACUUCCAGACGCAGUUCAUUUGCACCUCGGUGCCCAAAGACAUGGACCUGUGCACGGCCAGCAUGCAGAACAGUGGCCCGGCGGAGGACCUGAAAACCACAGUCAUGCAACUGCGGGAGACUGUGCUGCAGCAGAAGGAGACAAUCAUGAACCAAAGGGAGACCAUCAGGGAACUCACGUCGAAGUUGAGCCGCUGUGAGGGUCAGAGUGUCCCGGGAGCCGGGGGCAAACGGCCGGGCGGCAAGAACACCAUGGGGGAUGUUUCCAGGGGCACCACGGAUACUCUGGCACAGCUGGGGCAGACUUUACAGAGCCUAAAGCAGAGACUCGAGAAUCUGGAGCAAUACAGCCGCGGAAACAACACAGUGCAGGCGAACAGCCUGAAAGAUCUGCUCCAAAACAAGAUAGAUGACAUGGAGAAGCAGGUCCUGUCCCGGGUCAACACCAUAGAGGAAGCCAAGCCUGGAGCCAGGAACGACUCCGAGCAGAGGAACCGAGUCGAGUCCACUCUCACGUCGCUGCACCACCGGAUCACAGACCUGGAGAAAGGCAAAGACAACAGACAGAUGGAUUUGUUCCAGCUGACAGUCCCGCUCCGAACAAACUACAUGUACGCCAAAGCCAAGAGGAGCCUCCCGGAGAUGUACUCCUUCAGUGUGUGUCUGUGGAUUAAGUCUAACGCCUCUCCUGGAGUUGGGACACCCUUCUCCUAUGCCGUCCCGGGCCAGGCCAACGAGCUGGUGUUGAUAGAGUGGGGCAACAAUCCUAUGGAGAUUGUCAUCAAUGACAAGGUGGCCAACCUGCCUUUCCACAUCAAUGACGGUAAAUGGCAUCAUCUUUGCAUCACGUGGACCACGCGUGACGGGAUAUGGGAGGCCUUCCAGGAUGGAGUUUGGAGAGGAAAGGGAGAGAAUCUGGCUCCGUAUCACCCCAUCAAAGCAGAGGGAGUUCUGGUCUUGGGACAAGAGCAGGACACUCUUGGAGGAGGUUUUGACGCAACACAAGCCUUUGUCGGCGAGCUAGCAGGCUUAAAUAUCUGGAACAGAAUACUUUCUAUCGCUGAGAUCUACAACCUGGCGACAUGCAACAGCAAGGCACCAGCAGGAAAUGUCUUCUCCUGGACCGAGAGCAACAUUGAAAUAUUCGGUGGAGCAACUAAGUGGAUCUUUGAGCCGUGUCGUUCUCUCAACUAAACUGCUUUGUUCUUGAGUUUCUACCCUUCUCAAUUUCCUUUGAUACUUGAGUUAGUUGUCACGCUUCACUCCUGGAUCUUUCGUGGGUAUUUAUGUGCAGUACACUUGAGGUUUAGAAACAAAAAAAAAGAAGAAAAAAAAAAGAAUUUCGAGAAACCCAUGUGUUUUCAUCAACUUCGGUUGAUACUUCUAGCUUUUUUGGUUUGGCUUAUUUGGUCUUGGACUGGCAGCUGGCAAUCCUAGCCUUAUGUUCGGCCACCUCACAGUGCAAGUGAGGGAUUCCUUCACUGCUCCUGGCCCAUUCUUCUGGAGAUAGAUUACGCUGUCUGUCUCAUUCUUGUCAGUGUUCAAGCGCCGUGACGUGACGUCUUCUGACUCGGUACAGCUUUCUCCUCCAUUCUUGCCCGGCCCCUUCGGAUCUUGCACUGUGACUGACAAAAAGCCCUGUUGAAAGGAGAGGAGGGAAUAUCGGAGGACACUGCAAAGUCAGACUGUGGCACAAGUCAAUUUGUAUUUCUCGUCUGCUCUUUGUGUUUCUGUAAGAAUGUUGUUAACUUGCCAACAUUGCAUCAAAGCCUGGGUGCCUUGGGCUGGUACAAAUAUUCAGCACCAUCCAAUCUGUCGCAAACUCAGUGUUUAUUGGUUUAUGUUUUUCUUAUCCUUCCUUUCCUAAAGCUGAAUUUAGUUUGACGUUCCCCUGGUAAAUGUAAUUUUGAAGAGUUUGUUUUCUGACAUGGUGUGUUGACAGGUGUUUGUACUGCUCUGUAUUAGGAAUGUUACAGUAUCUGUAUAGUAACAGCAUGAAUGACGGAGUGCUGUGGAAGCAUUGUUCGAAUCUGCUUUACUAUCUUCUCUGGGUGUGGGUUUUUUACUGUAUUGUUAUAUGCUCCAAGCAUGGCAAAACCUGAGAGAUGAAGAAUUUAAUUUUUGUAAUAAAAUUGUGAUACUUAAUGUGAGCGUGGUCCUCUGUUCAUGUAUGUUCAGCCGAAGACAUUUUUAGGAAACACACAGCACUCUUGAUAAAUCCUGCACACUAAAUAAGAAUGGGAGUGAUAAAUAUCAACACACAUUACUAACUGAACAACAUCAAGAAUGGGAACACGCUUACUUGUUCUGUAAAGACAGAAUUCAGCUCUUAAUUCAACUCUAAAACUGUACCGUUAAAAUUGGAUUCAAUUGAAAUUUAAUCAUUUUGUUCACCUGCGACUGUGACUCUUUCUCUGGUUAAGAUACUUACUGUUUGCUAUGAUGAAACAGGUAGUUAUUUCCUAAGAUCACAUGACCUUCUCUCACUGCAGCCGAAAGUUUCCCCUGAAUCGCAAUUAAAAUGAGAUAA